GGUGGAUGGAAGCUUGACGUACAAAGCCGGGCUCCGAGUUGGGCGACCAGGAACGCAGACGGGCCGGGGCUCCCUCCCCUCCCUGCCCAGCCUCCCGCCCCGCUCCCCUCCCCACGGCGCGCAGCCCUCCCGAGCCCUCCCGAGCUACCACCGGCGCGGAGCCGGGGCCACGCAGCCACCGAGCGGACAGCUCAGCCUCGGGAGGGGGCUGCCCCGCCGCGUCCCCAGCCCUGGCCUUCCCCAGCACCAAGGCAAGGUCCCGCGAGCAAGGUCCAGGUACCAGCAACGGAUGAUGCUCGGGGCCGGGAGCCAACAGCAGGGCUCACUAAUAAUGAUACCGGACACUGACCGGGAGGCCGGCUUCUGGGUGAGGUAGUCCCUAAGCUUUUGAGCUCAAUACUCCUCAUCGUGGCCCUGAGAGAGCCCAGGAUGCUCCUCAGCUGAAGCGGCUCCCGAGCUCAUGGAACUCUCGGCCACUCCCGGGGCCCAGCCCGGGGUCCCCACUGGCAGCGGGGAGCCCUUUCCCCUCCCUCCAGACUAUGAAGAUGAGUUCCUCCGCUACCUGUGGCGCGAUUAUCUCUACCCGAAGCAGUACGAGUGGGUUCUCAUCGUGGCCUACGUGGCCGUGUUCCUCAUAGCCUUGGUGGGCAACACACUGGUCUGCCUGGCUGUGUGGAGGAACCACCACAUGAGGACAGUCACCAACUACUUCAUUGUCAACCUGUCCCUGGCAGAUGUGCUGGUGACUGCCAUCUGCCUGCCUGCCAGUCUGUUAGUGGACAUCACUGAAUCGUGGCUCUUCGGCCAUGCCUUGUGCAAGGUCAUCCCCUACCUACAGGCCGUGUCUGUGUCGGUGGCAGUGCUGACCCUCAGCUUCAUCGCCCUGGACCGCUGGUAUGCCAUCUGCCACCCGCUGUUGUUCAAGAGCACAGCUUGCCGGGCCCGUGGCUCCAUUCUGGGCAUCUGGGCUGUGUCGCUGGCUGUCAUGGUGCCCCAGGCUGCUGUCAUGGAGUGCAGCAGUGUGCUGCCCGAGCUAGCCAAUCGCACCCGGCUCUUCUCUGUCUGUGAUGAACACUGGGCAGAUGAGCUCUACCCCAAGAUCUACCACAGCUGUUUCUUCAUUGUUACCUACCUGGCCCCGCUGGGCCUCAUGGCCAUGGCCUACUUCCAGAUCUUCCGUAAGCUCUGGGGCCGCCAGAUCCCUGGUACCACAUCAGCCCUGGUGCGGAACUGGAAGCGGCCCUCAGAGCAACUGGAGGCUCAGCGUCAGGGCCUGUGUACAGAGCCCCAGCCCCGCGCCCGAGCCUUCCUGGCCGAGGUGAAGCAGAUUCGAGCUCGGAGGAAGACGGCCAGGAUGCUAAUGGUGGUUCUGCUGGUUUUUGCACUCUGUUAUCUGCCCAUCAGUGUCCUCAAUGUCCUUAAGAGAGUGUUCGGGAUGUUCCGCCACGCCAGUGACCGGGAAGCCAUCUAUGCCUGCUUUACCUUCUCUCACUGGCUGGUGUACGCCAACAGUGCCGCCAACCCCAUCAUCUACAACUUCCUCAGUGGCAAAUUCCGGGAGCAGUUUAAGGCCGCCUUCUCCUGCUGCCUGCCUGGUCUGGGUCCCCGCUCCUCUGCCAGACACAAGUCCUUGCAGAGCCGGUGUUCUGUCUCCAGAGUCUCUGAGCACGUCGUGCUGACCAGCGUCACCACAGUGCUGUCCUAAGUGGGGCCUGGCCCAGGCUCUGGGAGGCACAGCCUGAUCCUUUGCUCGGGAUCCGCCCCGGCACUCAUGAAGACUGCUGCUGUUCAGUGAGGGGCUGUGACUCCAGUCCUGGCUUGCUGCCUGGGUGACUCAGCCAGCGUCAUUCCCCCUCUGAGGCUGUGUCCCCUAGAAGGGUUGAUAGGAAGCUUAAGCACCCUAAGAAAGCAGAGAAUGUUGUAAACCAUCUCGUGCUGGUGACACUGUUACUGUCGUCCCUGCCUGCUGUGACUGUACCCUGCAGCGCCACCCUACCCUUUCAGAGCUUGGCUUUCCUCCCAAAGACCUGUCUCCCACUCAAUUAUAGGCCUUCCCUGGCUGGACUCUGCUCCAAAGGUCCCCACAGGCAUAGUCGCCUGGCCUGGAGGCCACCCGAAGCCCUGGCUGCACACGGCCAGCUGCUCUGAUGUCCCUGUGAACUAAUUUGGGUCCAGCCCUUCUCAGUGAACUCUGAAGCACGGCCCACCCUCUCCAGGUGUGGACUGCACGCACCACAGGCUCGCGAUCUCGUUGGCAUUGUGGAGUACUUAAACACUCUCCAUGUGGCCGUUCAGCAUGGAGGCCAGCAGCCCGAAGCAACUGUAAUUAAAAGCCUGGCACAGAA